GGAAGAGCUACUCCCGGUAGUUAAAGGCCCGGGAGACCAGAUGGCGAAUCCCGGGGCGCGUCCGCUUCGGCGGAGCGCUGGGUUCCGCUAGCCGGACUGGUUCCCCAUCUGACUGAUCUAAUCAAUGACUCCGAAGAGCCGGGGCUCCUGGCCCCGCCCCCGCCAUCCUCUUCUCCGCCUCCCAUUGGACGCGGGCCGAGAAGGCAGGGCCUUGCUCCUCGCUCGGAUUGGCUGGCAGGGAAUCAGUAUCAAUGUUUAAGCGGCGGCGUGAGGUGAAUAGAGUCAGUCAGCAAGAGACGCUGGGGAGAGAGCAGGGAUCGCGAGCCCGGCGGAUGCGGCAGCGGCGGAAGGCGGCUGGGGAGACGCUACUCCAACUGUUGAAUUGAAUUUUCACCUUUCCUUUCAUCCGCUGAUUUGCUUGCGGAGAUGGAUUUAUUUGCUUUGAAAUCUGCGUAUCUUUCUCAGACUGUGGGGUGAUCCCGGCAGACACCAGACUGAAAGAGACCACCCGUGACAGAAAAGGAGGAAUUAAAAAACAAAAAAAAACAAAAAAAACAACAAAAAAACCCUCCACAACAGACUGCACAAUUAACUGUACACACCGAUGUUGGACUUUGCGAAUAGAAAAAAUUGAGAGGAAAAUCUUGAACUAUGAUGCGAGGCUAAGCUGGGAACAAUUACUGGAAACCUGAUUUUGUUUUUCCUUUUCCAAGACUCUGAAAAAUUUCGGGGUACCUCUCGCCUAACCAAGAGGAAAGGUUUAAAAAAAAAACAAACUAAAUAAACCAAUACACCUAGCAAAGCAGACGCCUUGUUUUCCAGAACCUCGGACUCGGCAGAAAGAGGUAGAGUAAAAGUGCUGCUAGAUUCAGCUUCACCUUCCUCCCUCCAUCCCUUUCUCUUGCAUUUUCUUUUUCCCCAAAAACAUGAAUCUGGUUUUUCUUUCUAUAGACUGAGUCAGAGAAAGCGUUAGGAAGAAGCCGCAACUAAUGUCUGUGAAGGGAGGACCAUCAGGCGAGAGUGAAUACGAUUCGUUCCGCUGCUUCUGACUCAUCCGGCAGAUCGGAACACCUGCAUUUCUGGAUGUGUCAUUCCCGUAUGUCGAGGCGCCUCCAGAACCCGAAAUAAUGUGUAGACAGACCUGUGUCUAACAUCCCCUCGGAGGGAGCUCCCCGGAGUAGGCGCCCCUGGCUGGACCGCCGCGGCCGCAGCUCUGCACCCCCUGCCCUCCCUGAGUCGCCCAGAAAGACUGAAAGAGAGACUGCAGAAUGCAUCACGCCAAACCUUGAUGUGUUGCUUUCAUCCAGCCCACUCCUCCUACUAUAAGAGAAAAUUGAAGGAAAAAAAAAAAAAAACCACGUACUUUAUUUGCUUCAAAUAUUCUUCACUUUUAUUCCUCGCCAAGGUUUUCUUUUCUAGAUGAAGAGGACUGGGAGGCAGGGCUAUUGGAAGGAGAUGCUGAAUAGAAAGAAAAGAGAGGCACUUGACAGCCCAGCCCUGUGAAUGCAGAGACUGUUUCCCUUCUAGCCAGAGACAGGGAGAGUGUGUGUGCAAGGACUGGAAGGGAGGCUCCCCUUCCUUUUCAUUCGGCCUCCCCACUCCCCCUUUAAAUCUGCACGUCCAACCAUGAGUUGCCUGUUGAUUUCCCUUCGCCUGGGAAGAAAGGCAAACUGGAAUUAAACUGCUUGGAGAGAAGUCCUUGCUCGCGGGGAGAGGAUGGGAUGGUAGCGGAGGCUACUGACUUGGCGUAGAGAAAUCGGAGAGUGUGUUCUACGAACAGAGGCGAAGAUUUAUCCCUCUAUUUCCCCCCUCCCAAUAGACUCACACAGCAAAUGCUGAUCAGGCUGUGGCUUUCUUGAUUUCGGGGGAGAGCCUUUUCCGAGGAAGAGAGGGAGGAGCCUGGUGGGGAGAGGAAACUACAAAUCGGGACACUAGUUCUUUACGCUGCAUUUCCUCCCCUCCCUUUGGCUGCUCGGAAAGGAGAGAGAGGAAAAAAAAAAUACGCUUGGCUGGGAGAUGCAGUCCGCCGCCGCCGCUGCCUCAGCCAGCAACGCAAGAUUAGAUCUCUAAAUGCAGCAAAACACUGCCUGAAAACAGACCGGCCCGCGCAGCAAGCAGACAUUUCACGGUGCGCUGGGGAAGCUUCAAAAUAUAUCUGUGACUCUGUCUUCGUUGCUCUUCAUCCCCAUCAAUUUCAUCACGGGAGGCGAGCAGCAAGUAAGAAUUUCACUUUCGGAUCUGCCUAGAGACACACCUCCCUGCUCCCUCCCCCACUCGAUGUAAAGAGUAUUCCGGAGUCUCUGGGCGGGAGUAGAUUUGCAGCACCCUAGCGGGAGCGAGGAAAACCUACGGAUUCUUUAGCUCAUUAUCAUCUCUCCCAGACGAGAUUUCCUUCUUAUCGCCUGCCUCAUCGCUCAAGUUUGAGCCUCCCGAAGUCCAGGCGGGAGAGACGAAACCCCUGGCUCACCCCCAGCUGCAGGAAGCCGCCGCCUUGCUCCAAGCCCCUGCAGCUCUGCUGCACCGCAGAUUCUCACCCAGUGCGGAUGCUGUAGAUCAACAGGUUCAGGGAACUUGAGCAGAAUAAGGAGAGACCACCGGGUGCCGCAGCUCGGGUGCAGAGGGAAAAAAGGACCCAUAGACUUGUGGCUCGCGUCGCGCGCGCACGCUGCGCCAGGGCUCCAGGCUGGCGCGCACUCCCUCUCUGGCUCCUCCAGUCCGGCUGCUCCUGCCCCCACCUUACAGGUCUGGGAUGUACCUUUCCAUCUGUUGCUGCUUUCUUCUAUGGGCCCCUGCCCUCACUCUCAAGAACCUCAACUACUCCGUGCCGGAGGAGCAAGGGGCUGGCACGGUGAUCGGGAACAUCGGCAGGGAUGCUCGACUGCAGCCUGGGCUUCCGCCGGCAGAGCGCGGCGGCGGAGGGCGCAGCAAGUCGGGUAGCUACCGGGUGCUGGAGAACUCCGCACCGCACCUGCUGGACGUGGACGCAGACAGCGGGCUCCUCUACACCAAGCAGCGCAUCGACCGCGAGUCCCUGUGCCGCCACAAUGCCAAGUGCCAGCUGUCCCUCGAGGUGUUCGCCAACGACAAGGAGAUCUGCAUGAUCAAGGUAGAGAUCCAGGAUAUCAACGACAACGCGCCCUCCUUCUCCUCGGACCAGAUCGAAAUGGACAUCUCGGAGAACGCUGCUCCGGGAACCCGCUUCCCCCUCACCAGCGCACAUGACCCCGACGCCGGCGAGAAUGGGCUCCGCACCUACCUGCUCACGCGCGACGAUCACGGCCUCUUUGGACUGGACGUUAAGACCCGCGGCGACGGCACCAAGUUCCCAGAACUGGUCAUCCAGAAGGCUCUGGACCGCGAGCAACAGAAUCACCAUACGCUCGUGCUGACUGCCCUGGACGGUGGCGAGCCUCCACGUUCCGCCACCGUACAGAUCAACGUGAAGGUGAUUGACUCCAACGACAACAGCCCGGUCUUCGAGGCGCCAUCCUACUUGGUGGAACUGCCCGAGAACGCUCCGCUGGGUACAGUGGUCAUCGAUCUGAACGCCACCGACGCCGAUGAGGGUCCCAAUGGUGAAGUGCUCUACUCUUUCAGCAGCUACGUGCCUGACCGCGUGCGGGAGCUCUUCUCCAUCGAUCCCAAGACCGGCCUAAUCCGUGUGAAGGGCAAUCUGGACUAUGAGGAAAACGGGAUGCUGGAGAUUGACGUGCAGGCCCGAGACCUGGGGCCUAACCCUAUCCCAGCCCACUGCAAAGUCACGGUCAAGCUCAUCGACCGCAACGACAAUGCGCCGUCCAUCGGUUUCGUCUCCGUGCGCCAGGGGGCGCUGAGCGAGGCCGCCCCUCCCGGCACCGUCAUCGCCCUGGUGCGGGUCACUGACCGGGACUCUGGCAAGAACGGGCAGCUGCAGUGUCGGGUCCUGGGCGGAGGAGGGACGGGCGGCGGCGGGGUUCUGGGCGGGCCCGGGGGUUCCGUCCCCUUCAAGCUUGAGGAGAACUACGACAACUUCUACACGGUGGUGACUGACCGCCCGCUGGACCGCGAGACACAAGACGAGUACAACGUGACCAUCGUGGCGCGGGACGGGGGCUCUCCUCCCCUCAACUCCACCAAGUCGUUCGCGGUCAAGAUUCUAGACGAGAACGACAACCCGCCUCGGUUCACCAAAGGGCUCUACGUGCUUCAGGUGCACGAGAACAACAUCCCGGGAGAGUACCUGGGCUCUGUGCUCGCCCAGGAUCCCGACUUGGGCCAGAACGGCACCGUAUCCUACUCUAUCCUGCCCUCGCACAUCGGCGACGUGUCUAUCUACACCUAUGUGUCUGUGAAUCCCACGAACGGGGCCAUCUACGCGCUGCGCUCCUUUAACUUCGAGCAGACCAAGGCUUUUGAGUUCAAGGUGCUUGCUAAGGACUCGGGGGCGCCCGCGCACUUGGAGAGCAACGCCACGGUGAGGGUGACAGUGCUAGACGUGAAUGACAACGCGCCAGUGAUCGUGCUCCCCACGCUGCAGAACGACACCGCGGAGCUGCAGGUGCCGCGCAACGCUGGCCUGGGCUAUCUGGUGAGCACCGUGCGCGCCCUAGACAGCGACUUCGGCGAGAGCGGGCGCCUCACCUAUGAGAUCGUGGACGGCAACGACGACCACCUGUUUGAGAUCGAUCCGUCCAGCGGCGAGAUCCGCACGCUGCACCCCUUCUGGGAGGACGUGACGCCCGUGGUGGAGCUGGUGGUGAAGGUGACCGACCACGGCAAGCCCACCCUGUCCGCUGUGGCCAAGCUCAUCAUCCGCUCGGUGAGUGGAUCCCUUCCCGAGGGGGUACCACGGGUGAAUGGCGAGCAGCACCACUGGGACAUGUCGCUGCCGCUCAUCGUGACUCUGAGCACUAUCUCCAUCAUCCUCCUAGCGGCCAUGAUCACCAUCGCCGUCAAGUGCAAGCGCGAGAACAAGGAGAUCCGCACUUACAACUGCCGCAUCGCCGAGUACAGCCACCCGCAGCUGGGCGGGGGCAAGGGCAAGAAGAAGAAGAUCAACAAAAAUGAUAUCAUGCUGGUGCAGAGCGAAGUGGAGGAGAGGAACGCCAUGAACGUCAUGAACGUGGUGAGCAGCCCCUCCCUGGCCACCUCCCCCAUGUACUUCGACUACCAGACCCGCCUGCCCCUCAGCUCGCCCCGGUCGGAGGUGAUGUAUCUCAAACCGGCCUCCAACAACCUGACUGUCCCUCAGGGGCACGCAGGCUGCCACACCAGCUUCACCGGACAAGGGACUAAUGCAAGCGAGACCCCUGCCACUCGGAUGUCCAUAAUUCAGACAGACAAUUUUCCCGCAGAGCCCAAUUACAUGGGCAGCAGGCAGCAGUUUGUUCAAAGUAGCUCCACGUUUAAGGACCCAGAAAGAGCCAGCCUGAGAGACAGUGGGCACGGGGACAGUGAUCAGGCUGACAGUGACCAAGACACUAACAAAGGCUCCUGCUGUGACAUGUCUGUUAGGGAGGCACUCAAGAUGAAAACUACUUCAACUAAAAGCCAACCACUUGAACAAGAACCAGAAGAGUGUGUUAAUUGCACAGAUGAAUGCCGAGUGCUUGGUCAUUCUGACAGGUGCUGGAUGCCACAGUUCCCUGCAGCCAAUCAAGCUGAAAAUGCAGAUUACCGCACAAAUCUCUUUGUACCUACAGUUGAAGCUAAUGUUGAGACUGAGACUUACGAAACUGUGAAUCCCACUGGGAAAAAGACUUUUUGUACAUUUGGAAAAGACAAGCGAGAGCACACUAUUCUCAUUGCCAACGUUAAACCUUAUUUAAAAGCCAAACGUGCCCUGAGCCCUCUCCUCCAAGAGGUUCCCUCAGCAUCAAGCAGCCCAACCAAGGCAUGCAUCGAGCCUUGCACCUCAACAAAAGGCUCCCUAGAUGGCUGUGAAGCAAAACCAGGAGCCCUGGCUGAAGCAAGCAGUCAGUACUUGCCCACUGACAGUCAAUAUCUGUCACCUAGUAAGCAACCAAGAGACCCUGCCUUCAUGGCUUCCGAUCAGAUGGCAAGGGUCUUUGCGGAUGUGCAUUCCAGAGCCAGCCGGGAUUCCAGUGAGAUGGGUGCUGUUCUUGAGCAGCUUGACCACCCCAACAGGGAUCUGGGCAGAGAGUCCGUGGAUGCAGAGGAAGUUGUGAGAGAAAUUGAUAAGCUUUUGCAAGACUGCCGGGGAAACGACCCUGUGGCUGUGAGAAAGUGAAAAAAGAAAAAAAAAAGGCAUUGGCAUUUUCUUGUCUCUUCUGUUGAUUUAAAAAUGAUCCCUCCUGGUGAUAACCCAUUUUACAGGGAUGAAGAAAGACCAAUGCUGCUUUAAGGCUUUUAGUGAACAUCUGAAGUGCCCACAAGUAUGUUCUUUCCACUGCUGAUUUCUUUUUCAGAGAUAACAAUGGUUUCGUUUUGACCAAACUUGUAUUAGGACAGAAUUAAUGAUGCUUAAAGAGAAAAGAAAAAAAAAGAGAGAAGAAAAAGGAGAGACAAAAAAGGAGGAUGAGGAGAAGAAUUACCUUUUGACAAUCUGUUAGGAAGGUAUGCAGUGUGAGAAUUGAAGUAUUUCUGAUCACUCUCAGACUGUCCUCCGUGAUUUAUGCUGACUUAACUGUUUACCUAUAAACCCCAUACAAAGCAGGGUCAUAACUUGUGAUCUGUGGUGGAUUUCUAGCAGUCAUCACAGGCUUCUACUGAAAGUCCUGAAAAGACCUUGCAGUAGUCCGAGCUACACCAAACAUUAACACAUAUUUGUGGUAAACAUUUCUGUAAAAAGUUACCUGACACACAUAUAAACACAAGGAACAUUCCAUAUCAUUAGUCAAAAACAAAAACGAAAACAAAAAAAAACCUUUGGUCAUUUGUAAGACAUCUCAUGUCGUAUAAAAGUUAAAUGUAAAAAGAUAUAGUCCAUUUUGUCCUGCACACACGUAGACUAAUUCACGUCAUUAAAGAAGAAGAAAAUUUAAAGAUUUAAAAUGCCUAUUUAGCAUUUUAGUGUCCAACAAAGAUUUAAACAAUGAUGAGUAUGGUUUAAAUUUGACAUAGAAAAGUUCUAAAAAAUAGUUACCAUUGAGUGGUAAGAUUCAGAGAAAAUUAACUUGAUUAAUAUGUUUUAUUCGUUUGUGGACACUAAAAUAGCUCAGGAAAGUGAAAAUGUCUUAGACAUACACAAGUCACAUGACCAUUUAAAUGUGCAAAUGUAAGAAGAUUCAAUGUGUUUACAUCAAAUGACAUAUUUUUAUUGAUUUAUUGCAGAUUCAGUGCAUAUGAGCCAAAUUGUUGAGUGUAUAAGAGCUAUAUUGUGUAUUUUAUUAAAUUAAUAUAUAGUUGUGUUGCAAAAAUAUUUGGGCUUAUAUUGUAAAUGGCAAGUGUUGCCUCGGUAGCUGUCGAACUCUAUGAGUUUUGUUUUUUCCUGCUUCCUUUUCCCCAUGGAAUGUGGGAAGCAGUGCCUCAGAGCAAAGUCUCUUGUUUAAUGUAUAGUCUACCAAGUACUACAGUACAUAAUCUGUUCAAAAUGUGUUUGAGGGAGCUGAUGGAGCUAACUGAAAGGUCAAAAAAUACAUCCAUCAGUCAUGGUUAUGUGCAAGUCCUUGUAGAAGCUUUUAUUAAAGUCAUGCUAAAUCACAAGAAUUAACAUUUGUACCAAUAUCUGAAACUUCUUCAUGUUUUUUCAAUAACAUACAGCUUCUGCCUAUGUAGAUAUUAUACCAUCAGUUGGUUCUCAAAAGUAUUUUAAGUGCUUCAGAUGUGUGUUCCCAUUAUAUUUCAAAAACAUGAAAAAUGCUUUAAUGCAUGUAUGUACCAGCAGUGGUUACUUGCAUUGUGUAGUGUUUUUCAAGAGGUCUGGGUCUUAACAAAAUGUUUUCCUUUAUCUCAGUGCUCUUCUGCCCCUUUUUGUUGGUGUCCUUUGAGAACAAUACACCUUCUAUUCCUUCAUUUGGUUACACCUUUUCUUGUGACAUUUAGUGAGUUUCAAACUUACUUCCAUAUGAGGCUAAGAAACCUCAAAUUUCAGGAAUUGGGAAAAAUAAAAUUAGCACUUGCAGAAGUAGCAGCAGAUGGGAAAAUGCCUUGAUUGACAUUUUCUUUCAGCAUUUAAAAUUUUUGGCACUUUACAGCUUCAUGACAAACAGUUUUGUGCCCAUACCUUAGAAAAUGUGGUGCUGAGUUAAAUAAAGGCUGUUUGAGCACUGGAGCAGAAAAAUGCAUUAUUUGCAAACUGGUGGAGAAUUUUGUGCCUUCUCUUCUGGCGACCAAGCCAGUGUAGAAACAGCAAAAAUGUCAUAAAAAUUCUUAUAUUUAAAACAAAAACAAAAGCAAAAACAAACAUUGAAUUAAAUUAAGUUUUGUAAUUUUAAACUUUAAAAACUUCUACUGAAAAUAUUUCCGUCAAAUGCCAUCAAUAUUUUAGACUGUACCUCGCUUGCAAAACUGCUUUGAGAGAGAAGAGUGGACAACUCCCAUCAGCCUUAUUCUCUUGAGAACUAUAUUUUGGUUCCUAGUAACAGCCUUUCCAAAGCUCUACUCUUGGUUUUUAUUACUCAUAAAUGUUUAAAUUAGAAAAGAAGGGAUCUUGUACAUGUGAAACCUAAUUGACUCUCUAUAUUUUGGACAAUUUAUGUAUCUGAAAUGUGUUGUCUCUGUUAUAUGAUGUUAUUUUUGCCAGGAGACUACAGGUUGAUUUAGCUUGAUAGCUGAAAUUUGAUGGAGAACUGAUUUCCAUUUAGUCUUACCAAGUGUUGCCUCUCUCUUACUAGACAGAUAACCACUUAGUAAAAUCUAAAGCAGUAUGUAAAUGAAAUCAGAAAAGAGAGUAGGGUUUAUUUUAUAAACAUUCUUAAUGCUAAGUAACCAGUUGUUCAAUUUAUUACAUGUGUCUGAGGACAUUAAAACACCAUAAGAUUGUAAUAAUUGGUUGUGCCAAUGUGUGAGGGAUUUACCUUUAGGCUCUCUGUCGCCAGUGAUUUACUAGUGUUAGCCGUUUAACACAUUAUCUGUAUUUAGUAGUGAUUAUUUAUUUACAAGUUGGUGGUAAUUCAGCAGUCAGGACUCUAAGCUUUUAUAGUUGAAUUGAGAAAAUCUCGCUUUUAUUCAUUUAGCUGGCAACUGCCUUUAUUGCAGACCUCUGGUGCUUGGCUUUCAAGGAAGCCUAUGAGAUGCCAAAAUCACACCUUUAGGGAGCAACUUGCUCUAAUAGGUGAUGCAUGAGCAAACAGUGAGAUUUGAAGGAGUUUUAGCAUAAUUUAGAAUGUGAAAAAAAUAUCAAUUCACGUCUUUCAAGUACUAACCCCUCAAAAAAAAUCCCACACAUACAAAAUAUGUGAUGUGAUACCACUUUGUCUUUUAGGUCUUUAAGUAACUGAAGUUAAGCACAGAAAAAAAAAAUCAUUUCAGUAAGAAACCCAAACUUCUAAAAAUUGCUUACAGAUGAACUAAAAAAAAAAAAAAAAAAAAAAAAAAAAAAAAAAAAAAAAAAAGCAACAAAAUAACCUUCUCAUCUGAGUUAAAAGUAGUGAGAAUCUGUUAGUUAUACCUAUACCAAAGUAAACAUUAAAGAGACAUAUCAUGCAAUUUCAAAGAAUUCUUUCAUGCUAUUUCUCAACCUGACAUUUCUAACUUUAUUGCAGGCAAUAUACAAAGAUUGGCUCACUACUCCAUAGGUUAAUUGAAUUCCUGGUUGAGAAACUAACUUGUUUUGUUUUCCAAAAUUAGCUGAAAUCUUGUAAAACAUGACUUCCCUUUAAAGGAUCUAGACAUUGCUCAAUUUAAAAUAUGGCACCAUAAAAAAAGUCAUGUAGUAAUAGAGCAUAUGCUUUUUUAGAACCAGGUUAAAAGCUAUUUGUUAUCUAAUAGAGUAGAAGUUACUGAGGUCAACAGAUAGACAGGUCUGGCGUAAUAUAUGCCCAAUCAUAAUAGUCUAAUUAUAUUCUUUUGACAACAGACAGCAUUUAUCAGAGCAUUAAUUCAAAUGAGAGUUUUGGCUAUCAAGAUGUGUUGAUUCGAAAUAUGAUUGAAUGAGACCUGAUUAAAGUCUGACUUUCCUGGCCCCAGUGUUUUGCAGGUUGGCUAUUUCCAUUAUCAGCCCAUCACUCCAUAAGGUUCUUAGCUGCACCAAGUGAUUGGUGAACAAGGACAACAACAAAAGCAGCAUACGUUGUAUGGAUUUAUCUUAACGCUAUUGUUUAAUGGCUGUGUUUAAUGUGAUCUAUCUGGAAAAUGAGGACUCCGAAUAAAAAGCUAUUACUAAUA